GGCGGGUGGGUGGUGGUGGGGGGGGACGCGGCUUUGAGUGCGCGGGAAAACACAAUGGAGGCUGCGACCGACAACCCGGGAGUCUUCGCCGCCGAGUUCAUCAUCAAGCGAAGACAUCGCAAGGGUAAACCUGAGUACCUGGUCAAGUGGAGGGGCUGGUCGACUCGACACAGCAGCUGGGAGCCCGAGGAGAACAUCCUGGAUCCCCGCCUUCUGGCCGCUUUCGAAAAGAGACAACAGAGGGAAGUGGGGUCUCGGCGGCGAGGGAAGAAGCCAGUUGGGAGGCCGCGUAGCCAGGCGAGAACGCCGGCGGAGAAAGCAUCCGGUGGGGGCUGCUCCAAGACCGCUCGCAAGGAUGAGGCCAACCCUGCCCAGGGCGGUGCGGCGGCAUCGGGGUGCGUCUCGCGACGCGACCACGCCAAGACGGCCGCCAAUAACUCUGCCAAAAGGCGCAGGCCAAAGCCGGCGCUCGGAAGAAGCCAGGGCAGCCUCGCGGAGAACGGUGGCGACAGGCGGCACAAGAAAAAGGCCAAGAAAAAGAGACGAAAGUUGGAGCCCGAGGCCUGUGGUGACACUGAAAAGAGCAACAGGAGAAAUAGUGAUGCGGGGAUGGCGGCGGAGGAGGAGGAGGAAGGGAAGAAGGCACCAGCCCAGAGUAUGUUGUCUCUCAUGCUCGCGAAGAAUCGUGACAGAGUAGCCGCCGAGAACCAGAAGGCGAAGCAGCAGAAAAUCAAUGCAGCCAAAGAGGACAUAAAGAACGGAAAUAUAACGGCAACAACCAAGGCCACCGUUGCAACCUUGCUGGAUCGGCCAAGGGGGGCAGUGUCGCCCGGCUUGGCGCAGGCUCGCGCUGGCGUGGCCGCACGCGAGAUGGCGGCCAUCAUCGCUCGCGUUUCCGAAGCGCUGCAGUCGGACCUGGACUCGGACUCGGACGAAGAGGAGCGGAGCCGAGGAAAACCGCGCCGGCUGGUCGCGGCGAAUGGGAGCAUGACCGCCGCCUUUCCUCCGCCAGCGGCCCUGAAGAAUGCCAACCCAGUCUCGGCGGGCAGCUGUGGAAAAUUUGAGAGCGGCACAGCCGAUGCCGCCGUACGGGCAAACCCCAGCACCCCGGUUAAUCCCGCCGUGGGGCCCGCCACACCUUUCGUCCCCGUCACCGCCCUGGACCGUCUAGCGGCGGCGGCCUCGGACUGCCUGCCGAUAAUGCGCAUGAUGGACGGCCCCGCCGAGACGCCCGGCGGCGCGGUCGGUGAACGUGAGCGCGACCGGAGGGAUGUGCCCAUCGGCACCAAGGACGUCGUGCCCUCGCAGGAGGCCGGGCUACGGUGGGCGCCUGUGCAGGCGCUGCUGCAGCACGUGUUCGUGACGGACGUGACGGCGCAUCUGGUCACCGUCACCGUCAAAGAGAGCCCCACCAGCGUCGGCUUCUUCUCCAUCGGCAGGGAGACUUGAGCGAGACGGGGGAUGGGGGCGCGGUUUGGAGGGGGGUGGGGGUCAAGGGGGGCCCUAUUUCCGUGAGGAGACGGCAGGCAGCCAGCCGCGUUUUGUUGCGUCUUGUCUGUCCGCCUGCCACACGUGUCUUAAAGUUGAAUGAGAUUUCCCCUCUAUCAAGAUCUCAAUCAAGAUGUCUUCACUUCCAAAGCUGUUGAUGCUAUGAUACCAUGCCAACGCUUUCUACCCUCUGCCAGUUUCCUGCAGCUACUGCACAGUAUGAUGCAAAUAUUUUUGCAUCACAUUCCUUUGCUGACGCUUUGCUUUGCUGACCCUUGUACUGUAAUUUGUCCUGAUUCGAACCCCAGGAUUCACUCGUAUACAACAACUUAAGCACAAAAUUAUCUUCGCUUAUUUAUAUCAGUGUCAUUUAAGAAACAUUUUCACUAUGCUUCUGGUCAUAGACCUUUACCGAUAGUUUUGAUUUAUAACCAUUAACAGGGCAAAGACUUAAAAAAACGGGUAAAGGGAGCAUCGUUUUGAUGCCGAUCCUGUGCACCCUGAUGGUUUAUUUUUAAUUCCCCUGCUUGAAUUUUCUAAGUUUUUAGCAUUCACGAUACGAUCAUGGAUAAUGCGCUGUAGUAUCGGGUUCUUGUCAUCGCUCUUGACCGAGUGGAGUGUUCCCCGAUGGCCGAUCCGACAAACGUAACGUUCCAAAGCGCUACGGGCUGCUCGCUGAGACGCCCAGUAAUGGUAACGUCUCCCGCCCCAAGUUUCCAUUGGUUGAGAAACGCUUAUGCGGCGUAAACAGUAAUUGCGAUUGCUGUUAAUUUCCAGGGUCUUGAUAGUGUGACGGCGUUUUAAUGCUGAGGCCGUACCUAACCUUGCCUCCAUCCCUAUUCGUGCCUUUACCGCACCGAUGCCUUCUUUGCUCACACGGGUGAAACGAACAACGCUUGGAUAACUGGGCUCCGGAUAAUGCGCCAUUGCAAAUAAUUGUGUCCAGAAGUGUUUGAUGGCUGAUUUUUAUUCAUAUUAUUACAAAAGAAGAGCUUCCCUACAUAUUUGAAAUAUGUAUAACUUAUUCGUAUUUUAACCAGAUUUAGUAUGAGGGGUCUAAGACUCCCUCUGACCAUCUAGGCCAGAAGCUCCAUUAUUGCAUUGGGCCAGAUGUUAGGAUUUUAUUUCUUCAUCUGAUCCUUAUGGCGGUAUCCCGGGGUACCAAAUAAUCCAAAAUUGCUGAGGCAAUUAACUAUUUUAUUUCUGGGACACAAUUUUUUCCAGGGGUGUCAUAAACUCUGCGACUGGGGGGACCAAUCAACCGCCAUAAGAUUCAUCUGUCUAUUCCGUAUCUCUUCUCUAGUCACAUCUAUAUCUCAUUCCACCACAUCCUUACAUCUAAUUUCUGAUCUCUAUGCUUCUGCCCUGCAAUGAUGGCAUUUUCAUUGUCCUAAUUUAAUAUUAUAUGUCCCUUCUCAAUACUUAGCUAAACAAUCUCCAGUGUUGUUAUUCUCUUGGUCUGACUGCACCUUAAUUAUAAUAAUGGGCGGGAUCAGCACCAUGCAUUCUAAUCUCCUAAAGAUCAUACUACUAUUGAAUCUAUUUCUGGUUAUAACUCUAUGAUAUCUACAUUCAGUAUCUGAUCAUGGGUGUACACAUUUUUAAUCCAGCCCAUUGGUUGGGACGCAAGGGUUGGUCAAGGAUAGAUUUUUGGAAACUCUCAAUCCCACCUGGCUUUGAGAUGGCUUGGGCGAUGGCAGUACAUGAAAUGGAUCCGACCAUAAUCCUCUCUGUGCAGACUUUUUAGUGUUAUGCACUGCAUUAACUCCCAACCGUUGUCAGUGAUAGGUGUUUUUGUCCAUACUUCACCAUGCUGGUUGGUGAAGUGGGAGGGUAGGACCGCUUCUGAUGUCAUUUGCCACUGAUGUUAGCUGUUGCCGGGAAUUGAAUUGGAGGUGGCGGGUGCAUCGCGCAGUCUGCUAGUCACUCUCCCACCGCUCCAACGAGGGGCGGAGCCAGGAUUUUCAGCCCGGGGCGACAUUCAACAAAUUUUAAUUUCAAGAAUGAUUGAGAAAUCGGCUAUGACCCCACGCCAUCGGUUGGCGACACCGGAGUCCGCCAGACCAAGUGUCGUACACUUAUACGCAGAAUGUUUCAGAUUUUCGAUUUUUUUUUCGGGGGUGACAAUUGUCUACCCUGUCACCCCCCCUGUCUCCGCCCCUGGCUCCAACCCAUUCUUUUGUAAGCCCGGUGGGCUGCAGGUGCUCUGGUUUCCUCCCACAAGCAAAACGCUCCUUAAAAUGGAAUUAGCCAAACAUCCCAAUGCAGUUUGCUCCUGAGAAGUUCUUGAAGAAUCGGGAAUAAUUUUCUGGAUAGAUGCGUGGCAUAUCUAUUUUCAUCACGUAGAAUGUGGAGUGCGAGUGCAUCUGUGGACAUGGCCAAGUCCAUGUCCGUUUUAGCAGUGGCGGUAUUUUAUAGCGAAUAUCGCCGGUAAGGAUCCGUUUAGUUUCUGAGAAAACUCUUUUAAAAAAAUUGUUAAAUCCAUAGGCACGGCUGUAGAAGUUGUCUUCACCUAUUUACACAUGCACGAUCUCGGUGUGGAAUUAUAUUAUUCAUAGUUAUUUUACUUAAGGAUGUAAAGAUUGUUCCUUUGACGUGAUUAGAAAGAGGGAAAUUAAGUGGUCAGGAAGGUGGUUUCCAUUUCACUACUGGGAGCAGGAUGUUUCUGAGAUUUACUUAACCCAGGAGUGAUUAAUUUAUUGACUAGAACUGAUUUUCUUUGAAUAACUUCACAAAUAGUGGAAAAAAACAGACAUUUGACAGUGUUACUACUUGUGUGGGUUCAUGCAGUUGGGCUGUGUAGCUGUCCAAUUUGGUUUUGGUGUUAGACUGCGUUUAUUCGGCACGAUGUUGUGAGUUUUCUGGAGUGAACCCGGAAAUAUGAAUAAUCUUCAGGCAGUGUGGAGCGAAAUGUAUGACAUGCCGAACCACUCAAAACAUUGGCAGAUUUGUCCUUCCAUCAACUCAUCAAUUCGGUGCAGUCUUAAUCAAAUGGGUUUAGUGAUACCGACAUGAGGUUUAUUUGAUAGCUGUUGAAGUAAGGGCCGCGGUGAAGAUACCAAUCCCCCGGAGUGGCAGGGAGAAGAGAAUCCCCCGUGCCUGCUCCCUGAGGUGUAGAAAUGGUACCCUCUGUGAGACCACGUUGUUUAGGCUUUGGCCAGUUGUUGUCCUGCAGUGUUCCUCCUGCUCAUAUUUGUACUUUAUUAAGCUAUUAGACCUUUACCUUGCGCCAGUGUUGGUAAAAGUGCAGCCGUGAAACUGUCUACGCCAAUUGCUGGUAAGAAGGGCCUCUGCUCAGUGGGAGCUUUAGAGAGGGUAUUUGUCAUACUCUUCCACGCUCGCCAGAUUGUCACGGGAGUACCCACACUUUGCCCCACUACACACGACUUGCCAAUCGAUCGACUGCGGUGUACUCGUAUCGCUGGGCGAACGUCGGUGGGGGGUGGGGGGGAUAACUAAAACUUUAUCCUGGGAUCUCUUUCGAAAUGUCUAGCCAACGCGGAAGAUGAGACGAAAUACUCAUUCGAGGGGGCUCGAGAGCAGCCCUGUAAAUAAUGGCAGCGCUGCACCUUCACCUUUGCGCCAGUAUACAGCAUAUAUAUAAACAGCACUGUAUGUACUUUGUAAAAAAAAAAGGCGGCGAAGUUUGUUUCUCGUUUGAGGGCUUUGUUGAAGAAGGUGCCGUUACUUUAGUGAACCCCAGCUUUUGACAGGACGUGUGUGUGUGUGUUUGCGUGUGUGUGUGUGUAAAGCGUGCACGUGACGUUGACUCGGCCUCAAAUGAGUAGCUGGUUGCAGUGCGAUAAAAUCACCAUUGGGGCGACAAAAGGCGGCCGCGCCAACCUUCCUCGGUGCGAGCUAACAGCACUUGCCCCAGCAGUCUGUUAAAGGCCACAUGGGUGGGGAGGCGGGCAGGGGGUUUGUCUUUUCCGUGGGUAUUUUUGUUUUGUGUACAUGUGUGCCCGGGCUUGCACGCGCCCGAGUGUUGGUGCAGGAUCCUGUGUCAUUUUGCACGCCUGUGACGCCCAGGUGAGGAUGGAUGCACGCGGGACGACUCGUGACUCGUAACCCCCUGGGCGUUGGGCGUUUGGUGGAAGCUCCCCCCCCCCCUCCUCCCCGCCCGCCCCCCACGCUCUGCGAAUAAAACGCCACCGUGCGUCCGUUAUUUAAGACAAACUGUUCCCUCUCGUCUUUUGGCUGUCAUUUUAGAAGUUGAUUGAAGCGGCAAGGAAAUGCUGCCGCAAUUUUUCAACCGUGUACAGCCGGUUAGUUUGACUUCCUAGGUUUUAUAACCUGAGGAUUCUUGCUGCAGUUUCAAGAGAAACGUAUAUAAUUGGAAAAUUUGGUUUGUGCGAAUUGUUCUCUUAAACUUGCCGGUAAAAACUGAAGCAACAAUGAUUUGCGCGUUAAAACGCUUGUGCACGAGUGACCGUUGCAUUUGUUUAGCUGUCGGGUUGGCGUGGAGGGUUGUGCAGCAACAAUUUGGCCAGAUCAUUGCGUGACUUCACCCCAAAAAAAUUCAAUUACGCAAAUUAUAAUAUUGACUGAAAACCUUACAUGUUUAAGAGUGCAAUCUGAGUUACCACGUUAUGCUCACCAAGCGUUUUAACAUAGGACGCGGAGCUGCCGGUGUAGUGUUAACAGCACGCGUUGAUGCAGUGAGUGAGUGAAUGCUUAAUUUCCUGCUAUGCACAUUCAAUCAUGAGCAAUAUUUCUCGAAUUGGGCUUUUAAUUUAUUGAUUUGAUGUGCAUCACCAAUCGAGCGGCCACUCGCAAUUACGCGUUGCUCGUAAUAAAUUGGCUCAUAAUGGGGUUCAGGUGUCGCUAAUAGUGGAGCUUGAAGCUAUUAGCAUGUAGGCCGCAUAUAAAUAUGCCCAAUGCGUGCCGUGUGUGUUGCUGCUUUAUAGAUGCUUUAUUUUCUUCUGGGUGUCAUUGCAAUAGACUGGCCUCAGCCAUUGUAAUGCGGAAUGUCCUUUGGAAAGACUGGCCACUUGUCAAAGGGGGAAUCGUCAUGGGUCUUCGAAUUGCUCAAUCCUCAGCAUUGACCUCGUUAAUUUUGCUUCUAAGUGAAAGAUUUCUGAGUGUGACACGUUUUAUGAAAGACCUGUGAAAA